GCCAGUGCGCAAUCCACACCCACAGCUGCAGUCUAUUCCUCCCUCCCUCGGUCAAACUUCAUCAGAUACUUCGCCAAGAGUCGCGUUAGGUUUGAUAGAAACUUCGGAUUUCUAAUGGAGAGCGGACUGAGAACCUGACGAGUCUUUGUCUCUGUGGUUUUGUCUAAAGAUGGCUGGGUAUAACAGUUGCUACCAUGACCAGCAUAUGGGCUUUUUCUACAAAAACAAAAACAUAAGCUUGAACAAUUGGGACCAAGCGCAGCUCAUCCUGGUUCAGUGUGCUGGAUCCAUCUGCUGUUGCUUCAUCUUAAUGGCCAAUGCCAUGGUCAUCACAGCAGUGAUCACCAACAGGAGGUUUCACUACCCUUUCUACUAUCUCCUCGCCAACCUAGCUGCCUCAGACUUUCUCGCUGGUAUCGCUUAUGUGUAUCUCAUGUUCAACACAGGGAAAAUAUCUCCUGAACUGACUGUGCAAGGCUACUUCUUUCGGCAGGGUUUGCUGGACACAAGUCUCUCUGCAUCAUUAACCAACCUCCUGGUGAUCGCCCUCGAGCGCUACAUCUCAGUCAUGAACUGGAAAGUUCACAGUAACCUUACUAAACGUAGGGUGACCCUACUGAUUGCUCUAGUGUGGGGCAUCUCUAUAUUCAUGGGCACAGUGCCUAGUUUGGGCUGGAAUUGUAUUUGUAGUCUGGACCUGUGCUCAAAACUGGCACCCAUCUUUAGCCGGAGCUAUCUGAUCUUCUGGUCUGUGUCCAACUUGGUGCUUUUUCUCAUUAUGGUGUCCAUAUACUUGAGGAUAUACAUCUAUGUGAUGAGAAAAACAGCCGUCUUGAAGGCGCACACCACUGGAUCUAUAAAUCGCAAAAGGACGCCGAUCAAGCUGAUCAAAACUGUGAUGACUGUACUGGGAGCGUUUGUGAUCUGUUGGACCCCUGGACUGGUGGUUCUGCUCAUGGAUGGACUUAACUGCGAGCGAUGCGGUGUCCUGAAGUUCAAACGUUGGCUGCUGCUUCUCGCCGUCCUCAACUCCAUCAUGAACCCAAUCAUCUACUCUUACAGUGACGAAGAGAUGUGGACCACCAUCAAGAACCUCAUGCGUUGUGUUUGCAAUGGAACCAGACGACAGAGGUCAUCCAAGGCCAACAUUCAGCGAGGUUCAGGUUGGGAUACCAGCACCAGCCUCAAAGAGAUUCCAACAGAGGACAGCAAGGUCUCCACACAGGAGAUUCUGAAGUCUUGAAGCCCCCCAGACAGUAUUUUGACUUUAUGAAGGCCAUGUGGCCAAUGUCAUUAACAUGACGUGACAUUGCUCAGAAAUUCUCAAAAUUCUCAAAAAACUUCAAAAUUACUUGUAUCCCAGCUUUAUAUUCAGAGUCAGCUAUAAGUAAGCCAUUCGUAAGUUGACUUUCUGAAAGUGUGAACACUGUGGCACUGUCAAAACAUCCCUCUGUUUUUUUGAGCAUCCCAACCUACUCAAAAUAGGAACAUUGGAUAAACCAAUGAUGUGAGUUUGGGGUGGAACUAUCUGUUUUGGCCGACCAAUAGCAGACGAGGGGAGUAUUCCUGAAACCUGUUUGAAAUCAGUCAUUAUUUUUGCAAUUACAUUUGGUGACACUAGUUCAACAGAAAUGAUGCUUCAACUUUAAGUUGGACUGGGAAUUUUAUCACAGGGUACAAUGUCCUUCUUUUCUUUUUUUUCUUUUGCCACUUUUAUUGAUAGGACAGUGGAGAGGUAAAAGGAAAUGACAGGGAGAACACAUCCAGUGCAAUUCGGAAAUUACACAAGCCGAAUUGCAACUGGAGUUGCCCACAAGCGACAUAUCAGAGCAUGAAUACAACACACCAGCCCAUGUCCCUGAACAUCAAAGCACUUCUAAAGUUUUAUUUUACCUCAAUAAUUCAGCUUUUGAUAAAUUUGUAUGCUCUACGGGCAUAAAAUCUGUGUGAAUUUGUUCAUUUACCUUUCACUGUAAAUAUACUGUACUGUAUUUUGCAAGUCUUGAAAAAGUCUUGCAAUCUUUUGAAAUCACAUCAUGUAUGUAGUAUGUAGAUCAUUCUUAUGUUGUAGAUAUUAAUGUAAAAAAAAUGUUGUACUGUCAAUAAUAUAUACUGUAUAUUUGAGAGUUUUGUCAAUACAGAAGAAAUUAAUUACAAUCUCUUUAGAAUGCAUAUGCAUUUUAAACGUCUUUGUGAGAAUAAUUAUUUUUUUAAAUAAAUGAUUUGUUUAUAGUAAUCAUAAUCAUGAUUAUGUGGUCUAGUUAUGUAAUGAAUAAAUUGGACUAUGUACAGUA